UCAGAGAAGCAUUACCCAUAGAUCGCUGGUUUGUUACAAAAGGAUGGAACUCAGGACAGCCAGAUGGCAGCAGUGCACAGGCCCGGGGACAGGGAGAGGGCGCGGGGCCCUCGUGCUCUCUGGGCCGCUCACCCCGCAUCUCCGCAUGCUCACCACCCUGGCAGCUCUCCGAACCCCAUCCUUUCGGGUUUUUAUGGAGGCUUCACGACACAGGCGUGAUUGAUUCACUCACUGGCCAUUGGCAAGAGAGCCCACCUCCAGCCCCUCUGCUCCCCAGGUCAGGGGGUGGGACCGAAAAUCCCCGCCCGCCAAGCUCCGGGUUGGUGCCCCUGGCAACCAGCCCCGUCCUCAGGGGCUUUCCGGGCGUCACCUCAGUAACAUAAACUCAGGUGCGGUUGAAAGGGGUUUGUGCUGAAUUAUCAAGACACCUUUCUUGCCCUUACCUGUUAAGGAAAUUCCACAGGUUUUAGGAUCUCUGUGCCGGGAGCAGAGGCGAAGACCAAACACACAUGUCUUCUUAUAAAUCACGAUGCCACACCUUCUUUUCCCGUUUCUUUUUUCACCUUUACUCUGUGAUGGUAUCUGCCUACAGCAGGUGCGCCAACCGUGCGGUAGAGUCACGGGGCUUUCCCACAGCGAGAGACCGGGCAAGCUGCGCAGCGCCGCGGCCCCAGGGGCUCCCGCGGCCCAGCCCUGGCACCCUUCUCCCCCAGCCCCUUCCCAGCCUUUCACGAGGAUCGCUUCCUCGCUUUUCUGGAUGAUUUUCCACCCGUGCGGGCAUCCCCCCAAGAGCAGACGGAACGCGCUGGCUCGGGACCUUUGCGUAAACCAUUGCGCCGUGUUCACGUGGUGCCUGGCCUCACGUGCCCAGCCCUUGCUGCCUCCCCUGGUCGCUAGCGAGUAUUCCGACUUAGGGACGUACCGCGGUCUACCUCCUGGCCCUGCUGUCGAGUUGUUUCCGCAUUUGGGCCAGUUCGGCGCCGGCACCGCGUCCUACUUCUCGCUGCUGCGCUUCCUGCUGCUCCUGGAAGUUCUGGCCUCGGUGCUGAAGGCCUGCAUGACGCUGCUGCCCGCCUGGCUGGAGGGGGCACCCCCGGGGCUCCCGGCCCCAAACACCUCCUCGCCCUGCGGCUCCUACAGCCCCGGCGCCCAGGGCCUGGUCACCUUCCCCACCCGUCUCUUCAACUUGCUCUCGGGAGAGGGAUUUCUAGAAUGGUCUCCUCUCUUCUACGGGUUCUACCCGCCCCGCCCGCACCUGGCCGUCUCCUACCUGUGCUCCGUCUUCGCCGUCGGCCUCCUCUCCCUGGGGCUCAUCCUGCAUCGCUCGGUGUCCGGACUGAAGCAGACGCUGUUGGCCGAGUCGGGGGCCCUGACCAGCUACAGCCACCGGGUGUUCUCCGCCUGGGACUUCGGCCUCUGCGGGGACGUCCACGUGCGGCUCCGCCAACGCAUCAUACUUUACGAGUUGCAGGUGGAGCUGGAGGAAGCCGUGGUGCGGCGCCGGGCCGCGGUGCAGACCCUCGGCCAGCAAGCCAAGGUGUGGUCGGUGCGGGUCCUGCUCAACCUGCUGGUGGUCGCUCUCCUUGGGGCAGCCUUCUACGGCGUCUACUGGGCUACAGGGGCCACCGUGGAGCUGCAGGUGAUGCCCAUUGUCCAGAACAUGCCACUGCUGAAGCUCGGGGUGGAUUACCUUCCGUCCAUCUUCAUCUCAGGGGUCAACUUCGUGCUGCCAGCCGUGUUCAAGCUCAUUGCCCCGUUGGAGGGCUACACUAGGAGCCGCCAGAUCGUUUUCAUCCUGCUCAGGACCGUGUUUCUCCGCCUGGCCUCCCUUCUGGUCCUGCUCUUCUCUCUCUGGAACCAGAUCACUUGUGGGGGCGACGCCGAGGCUGAGGAGUGCAAAACCUGUGGCUACAACUACAAAGAACUUCCGUGCUGGGAGACUCGGCUGGGGCAGGAGAUGUACAAACUCCUGCUCUUUGACCUGCUGACUGGCGUGGCCGUCAUGCUGCUCAUCCAGUUUCCACGCAAGCUUCUGUGUGGCCUCUGUCCCGGGGCACUGGGUCGUACGUUGGGGACCCAGGAGUUCCAGGUGCCCGACGAGGUGCUGGGGCUCAUCUACGCGCAGACGGUGGUCUGGGUGGGGAGUUUUUUUUGUCCUUUACUGCCUCUGCUUAACACGGCCAAGUUCCUGCUGCUUUUCUAUUUGAAGAAGCAUACUAAUGGUGUAUACCGUGACCCUGGCUAACUCCUAUGGACGCCUCAUCUCUGAGCUCAAACGCCAGAUAGAGACGGAGACCCAGAACAAAGUCUUCCUGGCCCAGCGAGCUGUGGCGCUAAGCUCGGGCAACGGGGCUUUUUGAGCGCCCGGCCUCACUCAGACCUAGAUCUGCAUCGGACCCUUUGUAAGCCUCGGCCACAUCAUCAGAAAAGUGGGACAACUGGAGGAGACCCCACGCCCUUCCCGUCUCAGGACUGGGAGGGUUCCAGGGCUCCGACUCCCCAGGGAACCCUGCCUAGUAUCAAUAAACGCAGCUGAAUCUGUU